UGUGACGGAGAUUCCCAAGGAAAAGAGACUGAGGGGAAGAGUGGAAGAAGGGGCGGGCUCCCGGUAAGGCAUUCGCUCCUGAACAGAGUCCUGCAAAGAUGGAGAAAGAGGAAGAGACAACCCGGGAGCUGCUACUGCCCAACUGGCAGGGCAGCGGCUCCCACGGGCUGACCAUUGCCCAGAGUGAUGAUGGAGUCUUUGUGCAGAAAGUGAACCCGAACUCCCCUGCGGCCCGCACUGGGGUGGUCAAGGAGGGGGACCAGAUUGUGGGGGCCACCAUCUACUUCAACAACCUGCAGUCCGGGGAGGUGACCCAGCUGCUGAACACCAUGGGGCACCACACCGUGGGCCUGAAGCUCCAUCGCAAGGGGGACCGCUCCCCCGAGCCUGGCCAUGCCUGGACCCAGGAAGUCUUCAGUUCGCGCAGCUCUGAGGUGGUUCUGAGCGGGGAUGAUGAGGAAUACCAGCGCAUCUACGCCACAAAGAUCAAGCCUCGGCUGAGGUCAGAGGAUGGAGUGGAAGGGGACCUGGGGGAGACGCAGAGCCGUACCAUUACAGUGACCCGGAGGGUCACGGCCUACACGGUUGAUGUGACCGGCCCGGAAGGAGCCAAAGAAAUCGACAUCAGCAGUCCUGAAUUCAUGAUCAAGAUUCCAAAGCAUGAAGUGACAGAAAUCUCUACCUUGGAUGUAGAGGCCCAGCCUGGAAAGACAGUGAUUAGACUGCCCUCGGGCGCGGGGGUAGCCUCUCCCACCACAGGCGCUGUCUUUGACCUCAGGCCAGGAGCCAUUUCCGCCUCGGGACCAGAGCUUCAAGGUCCUGGCCACUCAAAACUCCAGGUCACCGUGCCUGGAAUAAAGGUGGGAAGUCCGGGCGUCGAUGUCAGUGCGAAGGGUGACAAAGGAGGGGUUCAAGUGCCAGGAGUGGACCUUUCGUCCUCCCUUGGGGGUGGGGCGGGAGCAGCGCAGGGCCCCGCCCUCCAGAGUGGUGACAGUGGGAAAAUUAACAUUCCUACCAUGAAGAUGCCAAAAUUUGGUGUCUCCACUGGAACGGAGGGCCAGGCACCAGAAGUAGGGCUGAAUGUUUCUGCACCUGAAUUCUCCCUGGGGCCCCAGGGCAGCAAGCCAGGCCUGGCUGUCAGUGGGGAUAUCAAGGAGCCUCAUCUGGAAGUGAAGGCACCCUCUGUCAAUAUCAAGGGGCUUGAGGGGAAGCUGAAAGGCCCCCACCUCACUGGACCGUCCCUUGAGGGUGACUUAGGCCUGAAGGGUACUAAGGCACAGGGCAGCAUAGGAAUAGAUGCUUCUGCUCCCCAAAUUGAGGGUGGGCUUACUGGCCCCAGGGUGGACAUUCAAGCCCCGGCUGUUCAAGUCCACGGGCCCGAGGGCAAACUGAACAUGCCCAAGAUGAAAGUCCCUGCAUUCUCUGUAGCAGGUUCCAAGGGAGCAGGAGCAGGGGUUGAGGUGACAUUGCCCACAGGAGAAGUGACUCUUCCUGGGGUGUCUGGGGAUGUCAGCUUGCCUGAGAUCGCUGCUGGUGGGCUGGAAGGGAAGAUGAAGGGAGCUAAAGUCAAGACUCCUGAAAUGAUCAUCCAGAAACCCCAAAUCUCCAUGCAGGAUGUGGAUCUGAGCCUUAGGUCCCCUAAACUGAAAGGCGAUGUGAAGAUCCCGGUUCCUGAGGUGAAAGGUGACGUUAAAGGCCCUCAAGUGGCAGUUAAAGGCGCCAAAGUAGACAUAGAGACACCAAGUCUAGAGGGGACCGUGACAGGCCCCAAGCUUGGCAGUCUUUCUGGGAAGCCAGGCACAUGUCGGAUCUCUAUGGCAGAUGUAGACUUGAAUGUGGCUGCCCCGAAAGUGAAAGGGGGUGUGGAUGUCACACUUCCAAAAGUCGAAGGGAAAGUCAAAGUUCCCGAAGUGGGCAUCAAAGGCCCCCAAGUGGAUGUCAGUGCUCCAGAUGUAGACGUUCAUGGUCCUGAAUGGAACCUGAAAAUGCCCAAGAUGAAGGUGCCCAAGUUCAGCACUCCAGGGGUCAAAGGGGAAGGCACAGAUCUAGAUGUGACUUUACCCAGAGGAGAUGUCAGUGUUUCAGGGCCAAAGGUCAGUGUAGAAACCCCAGGUGUCAAUGUGGAAGGUCUAGGGGGCAAACUUAAAGGCCCUGAUAUUAAGCUGCCUGAAGUAAGUGCCAAGACACCAAAGAUCUCCAUGCCUGAUGUAGACCUGCAUGUGAAAGGUACGAAGGUAAAGGGGGAGUAUGAUGUAACAGUACCGAAGCUGGAGGGAGACCUGAAAGGACCCAAAGUGGACAUUGCAGUCCCCGAUGUGGAUGUUCAAGGUCCAGACUGGCAUCUGAAGAUGCCCAAGAUGAAAAUGCCCAAGUUCAGUGUGCCUGGGCUCAAAGCAGAGGGCCCGGAAGUAGAUGUGAACCUGCCCAAGGCAGAUGUGGACAUUUCUGGGCCCAAGGUAGAGGUGAGUGCUCCAGAGGUGAGCCUAGAAGGACCAGAAGGAAAACUGAAGGGCUCUAAGUUUAAAAUGCCUGAAAUGAACAUCAAAGCCUCAAAGAUCACCGUGCCAGAUGUGGACCUACACUUGAAAGGCCCUAGUGCCAAGGGAACGUAUGACGUCACAGUUCCAAGGCCUGAAGGUGACAUUAAAGUUCCUGAUGUGGAACUUAAAAGUGCCAAAAUUGACAUUGAGGCACCGGAUGUGGAUGUGCAUGGCCCAGACUGGCACCUGAAGAUGCCCAAGGUGAAAAUGCCCAAGUUCAGCAUGCCUGGCUUCAAAGGGGAGGGUCCAGAAGUGGAUGUGAACCUGCCCAAGGCUGACCUUGAAGUCUCUGGACCCAAAGUGGACAUUGAAGGGCCUGCUUUGAAUAUUGAAGGGCCAGAUGGGAAAGUGAAGGGCCCCAAGAUCAAGAUGCCAGAGAUGAACAUCAAAGCUCCCAAGAUCUCCAUGCCUGAUGUGGAUUUGCAUGUGAAAAGCCCCAAGGUAAAGGGAGACUACGACAUCACCGUGCCAAAGCUGGAAGGAGACCUGAAAGGCCCCAAAGUAGAUGUCAGUGCUCCAGAUGUUGACGUCCAAGGUCCGGAUUGGAGCUUGAAAAUGCCAAAGAUUAAGAUGCCAAAGUUCAGCAUGCCUAGUCUCAAAGGAGAGGGCCCAGAAAUAGAUGUGAAUCUGCCCAAAGCUGAUAUGGACAUUUCUGCACCAAAGCUAGAUAUUAGUGCCCCAGAUCUCAGCCUGGAAGGACCGGAAGGGAAGCUGAAGGGCCCUAAGUUUAAGAUGCCUGAGAUGCAUUUCAAGGCUCCAAAGAUGCCAGAUGUCAAUCUGGAUCUCAAAGGACCAAAAGUGAAAGGAAAUCUAGAUAUGUCUGCACCAAAAAUAGAGGGCGAAAUGAAAGUUCCAGAUGUAGACAUCAAAGGUCCAAAGGUGGACAUCAAAGCACCAGAGGUGGAAGGCUCAGAGUGGAGCCUGAAAAUGCCCAAGAUGAAAAUGCCCAAGUUCAGUGUGCCCAGCCUAAAAGGCGAAGGUCCAGAUGUAGAUGUGACCCUUCCCAAGGCUGACAUUAAUGUCUCAGGACCCAAAGUGGACAUUGAAGCCCCAGAUGUAAGCCUGGAGGGCCCUGAAGGGAAGCUGAAGGGUCCUAAGUUCAAGAUGCCAGACAUGCACUUCAAGGCCCCCAAGGUCACCAUGCCUGACGUGGACUUACAUCUGAAAGGCCCCAAAGUCAAGGGGGACAUGGACGUGACUGUGCCCAAAGUAGAAGGUGAAAUGAAAGUGCCAGAUGUGGACAUCAAAGGGCCUGCUGACCUUGAUGUCUCAGUUCCCAAGGUGGACAUUGAUGUUCCCGAUGUGAAUGUUGAAGGGCCAGAUGUGAAAGUGAAGGGCCCCAAGUUCAAGAUGCCUGAGAUGAACAUCAAGGCUCCCAAGAUCUCCAUGCCAGAUUUGGAUCUUAAUCUGAAGGGUCCUAAAGUGAAAGGAGAUGUGGAUGUUUCACUUCCAAGUAUAGAGGGUGAUUUGAAGGGACCUAAUCUUGACAUAAAAGGCCCAAAGUUAGAUUUAGAAGCGCCAGAUAUUGACCUUCAGGGCCCUGAGGGCAAAUUAAAGGGCCCCAAACUGAAGAUGCCUGAUAUGCAUGUGAACAUGCCCAAGAUCUCCAUGCCAGAAAUUGACUUGAAUUUGAAAGGCUCAAAGCUGAAGGGAGAUGUGGAUAUCUCUGGACCCAAGUUGGAGGGUGACAUGAAAACUCCCAAAUUGGAUGUAAAGGGCCCUGAAGUGGACAUUUCUGCUCCCAAGAUUAAUAUUGAAGGCAAGUCAAAGAAAUCUCGCUUCAAGCUUCCCAAAUUCAACUUCUCAGGCUCCAAAGUUCAGACGCCCGACGUGGAUGUCAAAGUUAAAAAGUCAGACAUUGAUGUAACGGGUCCAAAAGUUGAUAUUAAUGCUCCUGAAGUUGAGCUCCAAGGAAAAGCAAAAGGAGGAUCCAAGUUUAAAAUGCCUUUCCUGACUAUUUCCUCCCCCAAAGUUUCAAUGCCUGAUGUGGAACUCAAUUUGAAAGGGCCCAAAGUCAAAGGAGACAUAGAUGCUACAGUUCCUAGUGUAGAAGGUGACUUGAAAGGCCCCAAAGUGGACAUUGGGGCUCCAGAAGUGCAUGUUAAUGCCCCAGAUGUGGAUGUUCAUGGUCCAGAUUGCAAUGUGAAAAUGCCCAAGAUGAAAAUGCCUAAGUUCAGUGUGCCUGGAAUAAAAGCGGAAGGGCCUGAGGUGGCUGUGGAUCUGCCUAAAGGAGACCUCAGCAUAGAAGGUCCCAGAAUGAAUAUUGAAGCUCCAGUACUCAAUGUGGAAGGUCCAGAGGGAAGCAUAAAAGGUCCCAAGUUCAAGAUGCCUGAGAUGAACAUCAAAGCCCCCAAGAUCUCCAUGCCUGACAUUGACUUAAAUCUGAAGGGUCCCAAAUUGAAAGGUGAUGUGGACGUGUCUCUGCCCAAAGUGGAAGGUGACCUCAAGGGCCCUGAAGUGGACAUCAAAGGCCCUAAAGUGGACAUUGAUGCUCCUGAUGUGGAUGUGCAUGGUCCAGACUGGCACCUGAAGAUGCCCAAAGUGAAAAUGCCCAAGUUCAGCGUGCGGUUCAAAGCAGAGGGUCCAGAAGUGGAUGUGAACCUGCCCAAGGCUGACCUUGAUGUGUCAGGACCCAAGGUGGACAUUGAUGUUCCAGAUGUGAAUAUUGAAGGGCCAGAUGCGAAAGUGAAGGGCCCCAAGUUCAAGAUGCCUGAGAUGAACAUCAAGGCUCCCAAGAUCUCCAUGCCUGACUUUGAUCUAAACUUGAAGGGCCCCAAAAUAAAGGGUGAUGUGGAAGUUUCUUUGCCAAAAGUAGAAGGUGAUUUCAAAGCCCCUGAAGUGGACAUCAAGGGCCCCAAAGUGGACAUUGACACUCCAGAUAUUAACAUUGAAGGUCCAGAAGGUAAAUUGAAGGGACCUAAAUUUAAGAUGCCAGAGAUGCACCUCAAGGCUCCCAAAAUUUCAAUGCCUGACAUUGAUUUAAACCUAAAGGGGCCAAAGAUAGGUGGUGAUGUAGAUGUUUCCCUUCCCAAGAUCGAAGGGGACUUAAAAGGCCCAGAUGUUGAUAUCAAAGGCCCUAAAGUGGACAUUGAUGCUCCAGAUGUGGAUGUGCAAGGUCCAGACUGGCACCUGAAGAUGCCCAAGAUGAAAAUGCCCAAGUUCAGCAUGCCUGGCUUCAAAGCAGAGGGCCCGGAAGUGGAUGUGAACCUGCCCAAGGCUGACCUUGAUGUCUCAGUUCCCAAGGUGGACAUUGAUGUUCCCGAUGUGAAUGUUGAAGGGCCAGAUGUGAAAGUGAAGGGUCCCAAGUUCAAGAUGCCUGAGAUGAACAUCAAGGCUCCCAAGAUCUCCAUGCCUGACCUUGAUUUGCAUCUUAAGGGUCCAAAAGUGAAGGGAGAUGUGGACGUGUCUCUGCCCAAAGUAGAAGGUGACCUCAAGGGCCCUGAAGUUGAUAUCAAAGGUCCUAAAGUGGACAUUGAUGCUCCAGAUGUGGAUGUUCAUGGCCCAGACUGGCACCUGAAGAUGCCUAAAGUGAAAAUGCCCAAGUUCAGCAUGCCUGGCUUCAAAGGGGAGGGUCCAGAAGUGGAUGUGAACCUGCCCAAGGCUGACCUUGAUGUCUCAGGACCCAAGGUGGACAUUGAUGUUCCAGAUGUGAAUGUUGAAGCUCCAGAUGUGAAAGUGAAGGGCCCCAAGUUCAAGAUGCCUGAGAUGAACAUCAAGGCUCCCAAGAUCUCCAUGCCUGACUUUGACUUGCAUCUGAAGGGCCCCAAAGUGAAGGGGGAUGUAGAUGUUUCUCUGCCUAAGAUGGAAGGUGACAUAAAGUGCCCUGACAUUGAUAUGAAGGGCCCCAGCAUGGACAUUGACACCCCGGAUGUCAACAUUGAAGGUCCAGAGGGAAAAUUAAAGGGGCCUAAAUUUAAAAUGCCAGACAUGCAUAUCAAAGCUCCUAAGAUCUCCAUGCCUGACUUUGACUUACAUCUUAAAGGGCCAAAAGUGAAGGGAGAUGUGGACCUUUCCUUACCUAAAGUGGAAGGUGAGGUACAUGGCCCUGAUGUGCACAUUGAAGGUCCUGAAGGGAAACUCAAAGGUCCCAAAUUUAAAAUGCCUGAUGUUCAUUUCAAAACCCCGCAAAUCUCCAUGAGUGACAUUGAUUUGAACUUGAAAGGACCUAAGGUCAAGGGAGACAUGGACAUUUCUAUUCCCAAACUGGAAGGAGAUCUGAAAGGCCCCCAAAUGGAUGUGUCAGGACCCAAGGUGGAUCUAGAAAUGCCUGAUGUGGACAUUCAUGGGCCAGAAGGCAAACUGAAGGGACCCAAGUUUAAAAUGCCUGACCUGCAUCUCAAAGCACCCAAGAUCUCCAUGCCUGAAGUUGACCUAAAUCUGAAGGGGCCAAAGGUAAAGGGGGAUGUAGAUGUGUCUCUGCCCAAAAUAGAAGGUGACCUCAAAGGUCCUGAAGUUGACAUCAAAGGCCCUAAAGUGGACAUCAGUGCCCCUGAUAUGGACGUUCAUGGUCCAGACUGGCACCUGAAGAUGCCUAAAGUGAAAAUGCCCAAGUUCAGCAUGCCCGGCUUCAAAGGAGAAGGGCCUGAAGUGGAUGUGAACCUGCCCAAGGCUGACCUUGAUGUCUCAGUUCCCAAGGUGGACAUUGAUGUUCCGGAUGUGAAUAUUGAAGGGCCAGAUAUGAAAGUGAAGGGCCCCAAGUUCAAGAUGCCUGAGGUGAACAUCAAGGCUCCCAAGAUCUCCAUGCCUGACCUUGAUUUAAACCUGAAAGGUCCCAAAGUAAAGGGAAAUGUGGACGUGUCUCUGCCCAAAGUGGAAGGUGACUUCAAGGGCCCUGAAGUGGACAUCAAAGGCCCUAAAGUGGACAUUGAUGCUCCUGAUGUGGAUGUGCAUGGUCCAGACUGGCACCUGAAGAUGCUGGAUGUGAACCUGCCCAAGGCUGACCUUGAUGUGUCUGGACCCAAGGUGGACAUUGAUGCUCCUGAUUUGGAAAUUGAGGGACCAGAAGGAAAACUGAAAGGUCCCAAGUUCAAGAUGCCCAAGUUGAACAUCAAAGCUCCUAAAAUAUCUAUGCCCGAUGUGGACUUGAAUUUGAAGGGACCUAAACUGAAAGGAGAGAUAGAUGCUUCAGUGCCAGAAAUGGAAGGUGAGCUCAGAGGCCCACAUCUUGAUAUUAAAGGGCCUGGUGUGGACGUGGACAUGCCUGAUGUUGAUCUAGAAUGUCCUGAUGCAAAGUUGAAGGGCCCCAAGUUUAAGAUGCCUGACAUGCACUUCAAGACCCCCAAGAUCUCCAUGCCUGAUGUGGACUUACAUCUGAAAGGCCCCAAAGUCAAAGGUGAUGUGGAUGUGUCUGUGCCAAAAUUAGAAGGAGAUUUGAAAGUGCCAGAUAUGGACAUCAAGGGGCCGAAAGUGGACGUCAGUGCCCCAGAUGUGGACGUUCAAGGUCCAGACUGGCAUCUGAAGAUGCCCAAAGUGAAAAUGCCCAAGUUCAGCAUGCCUGGCUUCAAAGCAGAGGGCCCUGAAGUGGAUGUGAACCUGCCCAAGGCUGACCUUGAUGUCUCAGGACCCAAGGUGGACAUUGAAGGUCCGGAUGUGAACAUUGAGGGGCCAGAGGGGAAGCUGAGGGGCCCCAAGUUUAAGAUGCCUGAGAUGCAUUUCAAGACCCCCAAGAUCUCCAUGCCUGAUGUUGAUUUCAACUUAAAGGGUCCUAAAAUCAAAGGGGACAUUGAUGCUUCUGCCCCAAAACUUGAGGGAGAUUUCAGAGGCCCUGAACUAGAUGUCAAGGGCCCCAAAUUGGAUGUUGACAUGCCAGAAGUAGCCAUGGAGGGUCCAGAUGGAAAAUGGAAAAGUCCUAAGUUCAAGAUGCCAGAUAUGCACUUUAAACCUCCCAAAAUAUCCAUGCCAGACAUGGAUCUGCAUCUGAAAGGUCCAAAGACAAAAGGAGAGGUAGGCAUAGAUGUUCCUAAAUUAGAAGGAGACCUCAAAGCGCCACAUGUGGACAUCAGUGGCCCAGACAUUGACAUCGAAGGACCAGAGGGCAAACUGAAAGGCCCUAAGUUCAAGAUGCCUGACGUACAUUUCAAAGCUCCUAGUAUUUCUAUGCCUGAUGUUGAUCUGAAUCUAAAAGGGCCUAAAAUCAAGGGGGAUGUUGAUGUGACCGUGCCAGACGUAGAAGGUAAAAUUAAAGUACCAGAUGUGGACAUCGAGGGCCCCAAAGUAGAUAUAAAUGCUCCUGAGGUUCAAGGCCCAGACUGGCACCUGAAGAUGCCCAAGAUGAAAAUGCCCAAGUUCAGCAUGCCUGGCUUCAGAGCAGAGGGUCCAGAUGUGGAUGUGAACCUGCCCAAGGCUGACCUUGAUGUCUCAGGACCCAAGGUGGACAUUGAUGUUCCAGAUGUGAAUAUUGAAGGGCCAGAUGCAAAAAUGAAGGGCCCCAAGUUCAAGAUGCCUGAGAUGAACAUCAAGGCUCCGAAGCUCUCCAUGCCUGACUUUGAUUUGCAUCUGAAAGGUCCCAAAGUAAAGGGUGAUGUGGAUGUUUCCAUGCCCAAACUAGAAGGUGAUCUCAAAGGUCCUGAAGUUGAUAUCAAAGGCCCUAAAGUGGACAUUGAUGCUCCAGAUGUGGAUGUGCAAGGAUGUGGACGUGUCUCUGCCCAAAGUGGAAGGUGACCUCAAGGGCCCUGAAGUGUGUCAGGACCCAAGGUGGACAUUGAUGUUCCAGAUGUGAAUAUUGAAGGGCCAGAUGCGAAAGUGAAGGGCCCCAAGUUCAAGAUGCCUGAGAUAAAUAUCAAGGCCCCCAAAAUCUCCAUGCCUGAUGUUGACCUAGACUUAAAGGGCCCCAAAAUAAAAGGAGAUUUCGAUGUGACCAUUCCUAAGAUGGAAGGUUCCUUCAAAGGGCCCGAUGUAGAUCUUAAAGGUCCAAGUCUGGAUUUCAAAGGCCCUGAUGCCAAACUCAGUGGCCCUCAUUUGAAGAUGCCAUCCCUGGAAAUAUCCGCUCCUAAAGUAAGUGUCCCUGAGGUUGAUUUGCAUCUGAAGACACCCCAGAUUGGAGUUUCUGGUCCCAAGUUAGAAGGCGGUGACUUUGACCUGAAGGGACCGAAAGUCGAUUUAGAAACUCCAGGCUUAGACGUACACAUGGAAGGCCCAGAAAUGAAUAUAGAGGGGCCAGAUGUGAAAAUCCCUAAAUUCAAGAAACCAAAGUUUGGCUUUGGUGCAAAAAGCCCGAAGGCUGACAUCAAAUCACCAGCACUGGAGGUGACUUGUCCUGAAGCAGAGCUCAACGUGGAGACGCCUGACAUAAGCGUCAGCGGCAAGGGCAAGAAAAGUAAGUUCAAGAUGCCUAAAAUUCACAUGAGCGGACCCAAAGUGAAAGCCAAAAAGCAAGGAUUUGAUUUGAAUGUUCCCGGGGGCGAGAUUGACACCAGUCUCAAGGCUCCUGAGAUGGAGGCCAGCGUCACAGGACCUGAUGCUACAUUCAAAGCCGACAUGAAAUCUCCCAAAACCAAGAAAACCAUGUUUGGAAAAAUGUACUUCCCGGAUGUGGAGUUUGACAUUAAGUCACCUAAAUUAAAAGCUGAGGCCCCCCUCCCGAGCCCCAAGAUGGAGGGUGAAAUCCAGGUCCCUGAUGUAGAUAUUUCUUCCCCGGGGAUUCAUGUAGAAGGUCCUGACAUCAAAGUGAAGUCUCCGAAGUUCAAGAUGCCAGGUGUGGACAUCUCUGGGCCAAAACUAGAGGGAGACUUGAAAGGCCCCGCCAUCCAGGCGAAUUUCGGCACACCUGACAUCAACAUGGAAGGUGUCGAUGCCAAGGUCAAAGGAACAUCUUUUGGCAUUUCUGCUCCUCAAGUCUCUUUACCUGAUGUGAACCUGAACUUGAAAGGACCAAAGUUAAAGGGUGAUGUCCCCGGCGUGGGCCUCGAAGGACCAGACCUAGAUCUGCAAGGUCCCGAUGCCAAAAUCAAGUUCCCCAAGUUCUCAAUGCCCAAGAUCAGUGUCCCUGGUGUGAAACUAGAAGGUGGGGGAACUGAGGUCCAUACCCACGGUCCCUCUCUGGAAGGAAGCUUGAGCACUCCAGAUGUGAAGCUUGGAGGGCCUGAUGUCUCUCUAAAGGGGCCAGGAGUUGACUUGCCUUCAGUGAACCUUUCUAUGCCCAACGUCUCUGGGCCUGACCUUGACCUGAACUUGAAAGGACCAAGUCUGAAAGGAGACCUGGCUGCAUCCAUUCCCAGCGUGAAGAUGCACGGCCCCGGGCUUGACAUCAGCGGUAUCAGUGGAAAGGUACAGAUGGGAGGAGAUGGUGUUGGAGCACCAGACUUGACGCUGAAGGGACCAAGCCUCCAGGGAGAUCUGGCUGUGUCUGGUGACAUCAAGUGCCCUAAAGUAUCCGUAGGCGCUCCCAAUCUAAGCGUGGAGGCUUCUGAAGGUGGGCUUAAAUUUCCCCAAAUGAGACUGCCCCACUUUGACAUCUCUACUCCAGGAUCCGAUGUGGACGUUCAUCUCAAGGGGCCACAAGUUUCUGGAGACCUCUCCGGGCCAGGCAUGGGUGUGAACCUGAAAGGGCCCCAGAUCUCAGCACCGGGUAUGGACUUGAACUUGGAAGGACCAAAAGUUAAAGGAAAUCUUGGUGUCUCUGGUGAUGUGGAAGGCCUCGCUGUCAGAGGGGCUCUUCCAGGUGUCAGCGUUCAAGGCCUCGAAGGAAAACUCCAGAUGCCGGGAAUAAAGUCCUCUGGCUGUGAUGUGAGCCUGCCCGCUGUGAAUGUGCAGCUCCCAACCGGGCAGAUCUCCGGUCCUGAAAUCAAAGGCGAUCUGAAGGGUUCAGGACCUGACAUCCACUUAAAGGGGCCUUGCGUUGCUAUGACAUCGCCAGAGUCGGAUUUUGGUGUCAGCUUGAAGGGCCCGAAAGUCAAAGGUGGCGUAGAUGUCUCAGGGGCUGUCAGCGCUCCCGAUAUCAGCCUGGGUAAAGGACAAAUAGGUAUCAAGGGCUCUGAGGGUGAGUGGAAGGGACCCCAAGUCUCUUCUGCUCUCAACUUGGACACGUCCAAGUUUGCUGGGGGCCUUCAUUUCUCAGGACCAAAGGUAGAAGGAGGUGUGAAAGGAGGCGAGCUUGGACUCCAGGGUCCCGGGCUGAGUGUUUCUGGGCCUCAAGGUCACUUGGAAAGUGGAUCUGGAAAAGUUACAUUCCCCAAGAUGAAGAUCCCCAAAUUUACCUUCUCUGGCCGGGAGCUGGUUGGCAGAGAAGUCGGGGUAGAUGUGCACUUCCCUAAAGUGGAAGGCAACGUGCAGGCUGGCGCUGGCGAAGGUGACUGGGAAGAGUCUGAAGUGAAACUGAAGAAAUCGAAGAUCAAAAUGCCCAAGUUCAAUUUUUCCAAGCCUAAAGGGAAAGGGGGUGUCACCGGCUCCCCGGAAGCAUCCAUUUCCGGGUCUAAAGGUGACCUGAAAAGCUCCAAAGCCAGCCUCGGUUCUCUGGAAGGAGAGGCACAAGCAGACACAUCUUCACCCAAAGGCAAAUUCUCCCUGUUUAAAAGUAAGAAACCAAGGCACCGCUCCAAUUCAUUCAGCGACGAGAGGGAGUUCUCGGCGCCCUCCACCCCUACCGGAACUUUGGAAUUUGAAGGUGGAGAAAUGUCUCUGGAAGCUGGGAAAGGCAAAGGCAAGCAUGGCAAGCUGAAAUUUGGUACCUUUGGUGGAUUGGGGUCAAAGAGCAAAGGUCACUAUGAAGUGACGGGGAGUGAUGAGGAGACAGGCAAGUUGCAGGGGAGUGGCGUUUCCUUGGCCUCUAAGUCCCGACUGUCCUCCACUUCUAGCAAUGACAGUGGGACAAAGGUUGGCAUCCAGCUGCCAGAGAUAGAACUGGCGGUUUCUACCAAGAAAGAGUAGUGGGUCUUUGUAUGUGUGUACAUAUAUAUAUGUAUAUAUAAAAAAAAGAAUAUGGCAGCCUUGGGUGUGUUUGUAUAUAAACUCCAAAGAGAAACACCUCUCCAGCCUCAGCAAUAAUGCAAAGAUCCGGGCUUCUGCCCCUGUGGCAAGUGCUACAAACAAAUAAACAAAAAACCCCAAACCAAAACAAACAAAAGCCAACUGCCUCUAGGCUCCUGGAAUCCUGCAAGUAGCUGGAGUUUCAGUUGGACCCAGCCGCAAUGCAGAGUCAGUAGUAUUUGCCUUAAAGAUUUCAGGGUUCUUUUGACAUUUUGGUUUUGGUUUUUGGUUUUUGCUUUGACUGCUGAGAGAGCUCUUGUUUACUAAGCAAGCUUUUAUUUUUGUGUGUGUUUAUUAUCAUUUUUACUGAACAUUGUUAGUGUUGGGGGGUAACAAACCCACUUUUUCAUUGUAAUGACUUUUUUGGGGGGCUUUUCUUAAUAAGAGGGUGAGAUAAAAGGCAGUGGAUGGGGUCGGAUCUUAAUUGCUCCUGAGAUUUGAUCUAUUCAAAUAGUAACAUCUCGAGAUGGUCCAAAGAAGUGGCAGCCAGAGUGUGGGUAUUUCUCUCAAACUCUUUAGCAUAGAUUCCCUCCUCCCCACCUCCAGGGGUGGUGGUCUCAGCCAGUUUGGUGCUCAGGAUGACAGGAAAUUAGCACGUUUGCAGAUUAUCCCACGGGGCUUCCAUGCUGUGUUUUGUAAGAGAAAUGUUUGAAUUAUGACUUGCCAUGUUCUUGACAAUAGUCUUGAUUUUCUUUUAACAAAUGCUAUCAUGAGCGAGAAAAUUUCUGGCACUUUAAUGGCAAAUUAAUUGAGAAUGUAAGGAAAAUCCAUGCUGUAUGAGGCAAAUAAAACUUGUUUAUUAACCCUGA